AUGCAUCAAGAAGGGCUGCAGGCAUGUAGUUAAUUGGCUAAAUGCCUGUUUUGUGCAAGAGAGAGAGGUCUAAAAACACUAGGCACAAUUCAAAUAGUUAUGUAUUUUAGGUCCCAUUAGUUUUAAUGGGAGAACUUUAAGCAUGCACUUGAACUUCACCCUUUUAAAUCAGUUAGCUUAAUUUUGAACAUUUUAAAAACAUUUUUUAACUAUCGUUGUGAGUUAUAUCUGCAUGUUAUAAUGAAUAAAGGAACAAAGCACAUCUGCCUUCCAGCUGGGUUAAUGAAAUCUGUCUUCCAUUAGAAAGCUGCAAGUGUUGAAUGACUCAACACUUUAGAAGCUUGGAGUGUUGCAACCUUGCCCCAGUUAAGUAAAAAUUCUCGCAGAACGUUGCAGUAUACCUAGAAUUUUUAAACUAUUUCCUGCUAUGUCCAAAAAAUUUCCAUGAGAUGUGCUGGAAUGACCCCUGUCUCUCUCAAAAGAGAAUGUUAAAUUAACAAAGCAUGUAUCUGAAAAGCAAAGGUGAAAUCAAAUGCCACUUGAGCAGACUUUGCUUGUAAAAUACAGCUUUCUCUUCCCCUAUGCCCACCUGAUCUGUCCCAGAGGACCUCCAAACCUCUGGAGCAGGUUGGGGGGGGGGCAUUUGGGGAGGACUGCAGGGGGGAAGAGAGAAAAAAGUAAGCCCCACCUCAUAAUGCGUUGAAGUCCGUUCUGCUUGCACAUGGACAGCAUUGGUUGCUGCCCAAAGCUAUUUUGAUCACUUACUAAAGUCGGGCCUGUGUCAUGUCAUUUUGACAAGUGCCUCACUGGCUGCCCAAUAGUUACACUGGAGUGCUUUCAUGCUACAAUGGAGUAUUGUCUGGAUGCAAUCUAACGAUCUCAUUGACAGUGAAAUGGGUUGGCCGUGUCCAGCUUGAAACAUGAGAACUCUUUCUCUGCUUGUAAUCUGGUGAAAUGCCUGACCAGACUUGGUUGCGACAGACUGUUCAAAAGCAUCCUGAGGAAGAUAAUACAUUUUGUAGGUGCAAAAUGUAAGGUACAUUUUGUAAGAGAGCUGAUGCCACAGAAAAUCACAUUUUCAUAGAAUCCUCAGAAUUUUGAUAGUUUGUCUAUGGCAGUGGAGCUUGAAAAUCAUAUGCACAAACACUUUUCAGUUAACUGUAUUAAAUACAUUUAGAUUUAAUUUUGCUUGUAUGUUGAUGUCGACAUGUAACAAUGAAAAGGUUUUUAGCAUGUUAAGACAUUCACAGUAUAUACCAGUGUGUAAACUUUCUGAGCUUUGUCAUACUGAACAAUUUAUACCAGUAUGUUUUGCUUACAUAGAGCAUAAACGCUAAUUAUGAGCAUUUGGGGCAGGGAGACUAGUCUGCAGGGUUAUGUGUCAUUUGGAAUAUAUAUAUAUAUGCAGAAAAAUUGUGGCAUUAUGUAGAUUAAACAGGAUUACAAAACUUCUUGUUUUGUCAUGGGGAAGGAAGAGUGUUAAAAGUACUCAAAUUUACAUAACAAUCUGGUUCCUUUUCUAUCACUGCAUCCUUAAAAGAUGUGUUAAAUUUAUAUGAACAGCUGUCAAAUAUGUAAAAGCCUGAGUUAAACUUUAAUAAAGUCAAAUGCCAUUUUUGCAUUAGCUGGUUCACUUAAUUGUGAGGCUGGUUAUGUCAGUGUGGUGUUUGUGGCAGGAUGUCAGACUGAGAACUGGGAGAUGAAACUUUUUUCUAGUUCUGCAGCUGCUCUGCUUUCUUGUGAAUUACCAUAAUUGUAAAGGAGGAAAAGGGAAUUGUGAUGCACAGCAGCAGAAAGGAAGCUAGUAGUACAACUGGUGAAGGAGAGAAUCUGAGAAUAUGGCCUAUUGGUAAUCAUAGGUCAGUCAGUAGUUAUAAACAAAGUAGGUUAUAUCCACCUCUGCUGUUCCAAUUGUACAAAAGACAUCCUCCAAAAUCUAUUCCAUUGUGUUGGGGGACCCUUUGGAGAUAUUGGGGGCAAGCGAGGAGAGGAAGGUUGAAGCCAUGCUAUGGAACUCUGCUUGUACAGUACAGCAUUGGAUACAAGCCUGCAAUCUUGAGAGCACGUGGUCGAACACUGCUCUAAAACGAAUAAAGGUUGUAUCCAAGCUGCUGUUCCACUCAUGCAACAGACGGAUGCUAAGACAAUGGAGCUUUCCCCACCCUUGCAAGCUCUCUGUGCAGCCUCAAAAAUCUGCUCCAGAUCCACUCCAAUUUGUCUUCCAACUCUACAAUGUGAUUCUAGGAAUAACGAUUACUCACCUUUUGUACCCGGCUCCUCUAGCCAAACUCUGGGCAAAUAUAAUCCGAUUAAAAUACAAUUCAAUUUUAACAGCGCUUUUAAAUUACAGGAAGCAGCAGUCUCGUGCAUUUAAUUUAAUUCUAACGGGGAGUGUGCUUAGCGCACUUCGCUUCGCUGCUCACAAAUUGCGAGCGCUUUCCGCUCGUCACGUUGCUUCCUAGUGACCUGACGGCGUCGAAGGGACCCCGCCCCAGAUUCUCCCAGAAAACCAACCCACCCCGAGGCCCAGGCCCUUGCCCGGGAGGAGCAAAGCAACGCAGCGAGCGGGGUGCGAAAGAACCGCAGCAGGCCAGGCGGCAGAGGCAGGAGACAGGCGCCGAGGCCAGACCGCAGUGCGGGGAGUGCACCGCCCCGCACAGCGAGGAUGCAGCAAAGAUAAGAGACGAUGCUGCUCGCCAGAUGCCAGUCUCCCUGCGCGCGCACAGGAGCCGAGGCAAGGCGGGCAGGUGUCCAACGCACCAAGCCAGCAAAAGGAACCUCGCCGCUCGCCGCUGUCGGGUCUGGGCGGACGACUUUCCUCCCGGGCGCGAGGAGGGGAGCGCGUCGCUAUCUGCAAGCGACCUCCGCGAAGCAGCGGGCGGAGGCGGCGCCGGCGCUUCGUAAGGAAUUCCCCUUUCCGCGGUGGUCUCGCCCGCCGAACCCUCCUCCGAGCGGAGGGCAGCCAAUGGGCAGCUGCUGAGCACCCGAAAGAGGAGGUGGGCGACGCGGGAGGGGAGGCUUCCCUGGCAGUCGCCUUCCGUCGCUCAGGAGGGUCGGAGGGGCUGGGUCGCCGCGAGGUACGAGGGCCCUGGUGAGUGGGGAUGGGGGAGGGUGUCGCGAAGGACUCAGACCUGCUGUGACCCCGAAGCCCCUCUUGCUCGGGGCUCUUUAUUUCACGAGGGAAGAGCGCUCUGCGUAUGCUCUCCGAGGGGUUCCUUCGCUUGCUAAAGAGGGUCGGUUUCUGCUCGCUGACUGAGCUUGGAGGGGAAGGUAGUCCCUGCAUGGAUGGGUCCAGCGUCGGUGUAACAUAUUCGGCCCAGCGGGAAGGGAAGGGAAGGAGGCACUUUAUCACUUCGGGCGGGACCGUUAGUCGGGCUGCAGCGUUAGGAUUUCUUGAAAGCUUUAUAGCCCUAUCCCAAGGUGUCAGCUUUAUAUAGCAAAUAGAUCAUCCUUCUUUUCUUUUUUUACCCUCACGUCAUUCCUGCAAGAUAGUGCUUCCCUCCCCUCCCUUGUUAUUGUCUUACUGACAUUUCCAGAUAACAUCUAAAAUAGUAGGAACUUGCAAUGCAUUAAAAUGAAGAAGGAAAGGAAUUGAUGCAAUGACUUCGCUAAAGCUUCAUGGCUGAGCUGGGAUUUGAACCUGAUAACUGAAGGUUCAGCGAUAUAUGGCUGCAGGUUCUUUCUUUCCCCUGAGUUCACCUUUUCUGUUUUAGAUGUUGUUGACGUGCAAAGGAUUUUUUGUACAGCUUCUGGAAUUUGAUCUGUUCCUUCAAAAGUUCUUGAAUGGUCUAGGGCACCUUCCAUGGCAAUCUCUUAUUGGAUCCACUCACACCUUUUUGUUUUGCCCUUUCAUGUAGGCCUUUUGGGGGCUCUGAACUUGUGGUCCUGGGGUCUUUAGCUCUUCCUCUGUGCUACCCCCUCCUAGCAGCUGUAACCCAUAAGGCUGUGGUGGUGGUGGGGAUACAGAGGGUAUGUGUAUCCUUGUUGCAGACCAUGUUUUUUGAAUUUCCCCAGGUAGAUACACAAAGAUUGUAAGGAGGAUUCUAAAGGUUUGGGGGCUGUACUACUCUUCAUUUUAUAUCAGCUUCUUCUGUAGCUAAAUUCUGGCUAAGGAAGACCCUGAGAGAAUCUUCCUGGAUCUAGCCCAGCGUCUCUUUCCCACAGCUGUCACUCAGAUGCCUAUGAGAGGCUCACCAAGCAGAGUAUGAGGGCAAUAGCUGUCUUUCCACAGCAAUUAGUAUUCAGAGCCACGGUGUCUCUGGUGCUGGAGGUAGUAAAAAAAGAAGGUGGUAAAAGACCCCUGGACGGUUAAGUCCAGUCAAAGGCGACUAUGGGGUGUGGCACUCAUCUCGCUUUCAGGCCGAGGGAGCUGGCAUUUGUCCACAGACAGCUUUUCGGUUCAUGUGGCCAGCCUGACUAAACUGCUUCUGGCACAAAUGGACACUGUGAUGAGUGCCAGAGUGCACAGAAACGAUGUUUACCUUCCUGCCACAGUGGUACCUAUUUAUCUACUUGCGCUGGUGUGCUUUCAAACUGCUAGGUUGGCAGGAGCUGGGACAGAGCAACGGGAGCUCACUCCUUCGUGGGGAUUCAAACUACCAACCUUCUGAUCAGCAAGCCCAAGAGGCUCAGUAGUUUAGACCACAGCGCCACCCAUGUGGAGGUAGUAUAGCUAUGAUGGUGAGGAGUUGCUGAUAGCCUUCAUGAGUUUGUCUAGCCCCCUUUAAAACCACCUAAACUAGGGGCCAUCACCAGAUCUUGUGAUAGUGAAUGCCAUGGUAUAACUGUGUGUGUGCUUCAGUACUUCAUUUUGGCUGUCCUGAAUCCCUCACUUUUCAGCUUCAUUGGAUGAUCCCAGAUUCUAGUACUGUAUUAUAAGAAAGGGAGAAAACCUCAUGUUUAUCCACUAUCUCCAUACCUUGAGUAAUUUUCUACACCUUUAUUAUGUCCCAUACCCUACCCUUUCCCCACUCGCUCUACUUCCUUAUCAGUUUGGUUGCAUCUUUUAAAAUUCUGCAAUAUCUCUUUUUGAAAUACAGCUACCAGAACUGUACAUGGUAUUCCAAGUGUGGUCGCACCAUAGAUUUGGAUAAGGCAUUAUGAUCUUUGCAGUUCUGUUUUUGAUCCCUUUGCUAAAGAUCUCUCACAGGGAACUUGCAUUUUUCAUAGCUGGCACAUACUGUCUUUGCAUGUCAUGGUAAGCCAUAGUUUAUGGCUUACGGUGAUUGAAUAGAACCUAUGAUGAAGAACCUAUAGUAUCUGAGUAAGAAUAGUAAAGCAUGUGGGGUCCAGCUAUGGCAUCAUUUGAAGUUGUUUUCACAAACCUGCUGGCCUGGGUAGGUUUGGCCACCCCUUUUUACACUGGAUCUUGCGGACUUCCAGGGUGGCGCCAUCGGUAAUGGCUGCUUCCCUCUGAUUCGGAGGGAACCGGCUCUACGGAAAUUGGGUCUGUACCGCUACGGCGCAGCGGAGACCCUCUAAAAAUCACAGGCGGGUGAAGCCUGUGACCGUGGGACUCAGCGGGCACCGUUUGUGCCCCCCCAAUUGCAAAAGGAGCUCGGCAACGGGCUCCGGAGCAGAGCGGGGGUGGCGUGGUGCUGUGAGCCAAUUGCUUCUUUGAAAACAACUACCCGUGAGUAGGAUUAAAUUGGAUUCAAAAGGGAAAAAAACGUCUAAUUUGGUACUGAGCGGGAAGGUACAACCAGGAAGUCUGCCUUUCUUUCAUUGUAAAUAGAUCAAAGCAAAGAGACUCUAAAGCGGAAACAUAGAAAGUUGCUUGAAAAAAGAGCUAAAUCUUAACAUUUGGAAAGUGGCCCCCCCUCCGGAUUGCAGGAGAGGAGGGGGAAAAGACUGAGCUGAAUUUACCUGCAAAAAAGAAGGGGAAAAGGAAGUUAAAAUUUAUUGCUUAAAACCUGGAACGGACUGCCUUGAGAUAAGGGUCGCACAGUGGAAAGCUUAUUUUUGACAGCUAAUUCUGCAAAAGGGAUACAGUGUUUCUGGACUUCUUCUGGCUUGAAAGUAACUGUUUAAUAUAACUUGCUGUUGAAAUGGAAUACUCAGGAUGAAACGGUGAAAUCUGCUAUGAUUAAAUGGGCACAAGAUGUUGGACAUAAUAUUAUGUUUGCUGACUGGGAACAGUUAUGGACCACAGGUAUGAAGUUUACGGCAUGUAAUGCCUUAAGAGAGAAUAUUAUGAAAAUGAUAUACAGGUGGUACAUGACCCCAGUCAAGCUUGCGAAAAUCUAUCAUUUGCCCGAUAAUAAAUGCUGGAAAUGUAAAGAAACUGAAGGUACAUUCUUUCACCUUUGGUGGACGUGCCCAAAGAUUAAGGCUUUCUGGGAAAUGAUAUAUAAUGAAUUGAAAAAGGUAUUUAAAUAUACCUUCCUGAAGAAACCAGAGGCCUUUCUUCUGGGCAUUGUCGGCCAAUUGGUGCCAAAGAAGGACAGAACUUUUUUUAUGUAUGCUACAACAGCAGCAAGAAUACUCCUUGCAAAAUAUUGGAAGACACAAGAUCUACCCACUCUGGAAGAAUGGCAGAUGAAGGUGAUUGACUACAUGGAAUUGGCAGAAAUGACUGGCAGAAUCCGAGACCAGGGAGAAGAGUCGGUGAAAGAAGACUGGAAGAAAUUUAAAGACUAUUUACAGAAAUAUUGUAAAAUUAAUGAAUCUUAGAAGGAUGUUGGAUAGAAACUAAGUGGUUUCCAGCUGUAAUGCUUUAAGAAUGAAAAAAAGGUUCACAAAUGGGUAAAAGCUUAAUGGUAAGGAUUUGCUGAACUAACAAACUGAACUGGAAUACAAAAAAGGGAGGUAUGAGGAGGUCCGGGGAAAUAAGUGUAAGGAGGAUAUGCUAUGGAAAAUUAAUGUGUUUUUAACUGUUUUUAUUUUGUAUGUUUCUUUUUAUUUUUCAUGGGAAACAAGGAUAUGAAUGUAAGUUAUGGAAAGAUGGAUCUAUUUUUCUUUUUCCUUUUUCUUUUUAAGGGUUUUUUUAUUCUUUUUUCUGUAUUUUGUAUUUUCUUGUAUUUUUACUUUUUGUUUUUGUGUAAUUCUUGUAUUCUUUGAAAUUUUAAUAAAUAUCAUUAAAAAAAAUAAUACACUGGAUCUUGCAAAUUCUGACUAGAAUUUAUGGCUCUGGGGUUCACUGAAGAGUUGUUGUUUUUUCCUGCUAGCAGAUCCUAAUUAUUUAUUUGUACUCCAAAUUACGAACUGCAUUUAGAUAGAGCUCUUAGAAUGCGGACGCGGGUGGCGCUGUGGGUAAAACCUCAGUGCCUAGGGCUUGCCGAUCGCAUGGUCGGUGGUUCGAAUCCCCGCGGCGGGGUGAGAUCCCAUCUUUCGGUCCCAGCUCCUGCCCACCUAGCAGUUCGAAAGCACCCCUAAGUGCAAGUAGAUAAAUAGGUACCGCUUUAUAGCGGGAAGGUAAACGGCGUUUCCGUGUGCUGCGCUGGUGCUGGCUCGCCAGAGCAGCUUCGUCACGCUGGCCACGUGACCCGGAAGUGUCUCCGGACAGCGCUGGCCCCCGGCCUCUUGAGCGAGAUGAGCGCGCAACCCUAGAGUCGGACACGACUGGCCCGUAUGGGCAGGGGUACCUUUACCUUUACCUUAGAAUGCUAUAUCCCAAGAGCAGGUCUGAGGACCCCACUCCAAACUCUUUCUAGCUUCAGCCUCGUUCUUCAGACUGCUAAUUUAACUGGCAUUUUAGGCAUGCAUAGUUGUUAUUGAACAUGCAGAACUAUCCCAUUUGGAUUCCCACAGAGUUAAAGGCAUCCAAAACUAUAGGCAAUUCAGAAAAGAAACCCGCUGAAAAGAUUGUUUUUAAUUUCUCUCUGCUAGUUCUGUACUGAUGGUAGUUUGCUGGUUGGAACUUAGAAAGUUACUAAGGGUUGUAUCCAUUGGAUCCAUGGAAAUUUAUGAACCUAAGUAGUCAGUGGAAUUACUCCAUGGAGUAGCCAUAAGGCAGUAUCUGUAUGUGGUUCUCAGUAUUCACACACAACUAGAUCAGAACAGUGGUAGAAUAUGAAAAUCCACAUACAGUUACUAGCCUAGACUACGUCCAAGGGGACAUAGCAAGUUGGGGGUUUCUGAAUCCGCCUCCAAGGAAAAGUCUUGGCUUCUUCCCCCCCCCCCCCCCAAACAAGCACUUUGAGAAUUGGAAUUUUGCUUUGAGACUUGAGGCCUUUGAGGGUGGAGUGUUUAGUAUCACUUGCUAAUUUGAAACCCACCCAUGGGAAAGUUAGGUUUACUGAUUGGCUCCAAAUCUGGGGUUCCCAAACUGUGGCUGGCAGUUAGAUGCUCCUGGCUACUUUGUGAUUUGUAAAAAUGCAAUUAAAAACAACAGAACAUCUAAUACAGUGCAUUACAAUUGCUACAACAGGCAGAAGAAAAAAAUUAAGUGAGCCAUCCUCAUAAAUGUUCAUGUGGGGCGCAGGCUGUUCGUAUGUGGAAACCACUGCUCUAAAUAAACCAGACAUGUUUUAAAGGGUGGGGGCAGAGGAGGGAGCAUGUUCCAAUAAAAGGGUUUUGUCACAGUGAAAACCCUAUCUGCCUCUCGAUGAUAGUAGAAAGUAGGUCAUGUUGUCUGAGUGCAAGAGGCCCCUGUGGAAAGAUUCCACUAAGUGGUCUUUAAUACAGACUGGCCUUGCACUAUUUGACAUAAAUCUUAAGCAAGGCAUUAUGUGUUUUGCAGGAGGGAAGAAGAGGAAAGCCAGCUGCAGAUGGAACAAAUAGCACCUGUAGUGGCGUGCUGCUCCUGGCUACCUUUGUUUUUGUUCUUGCACAGCAGUCUGAACACAUCUCUAUAACCAAGAGUGCCUGGAUCUGAAAUGAUCACCCUUCUUGGACCUUGCAGCUUGUAUAUUCAUACAAAUAAAACAGUAGGAUUUUCCCUUUUACUCUUAUUAAUCUAUUCUCAAGCAUGUGUUCCCCCUUAUAAUGUGGAGUCAUAUUUCAGAAUUUCAUAUGAUCUCUGUAAUCCCUUUAUAUAAUCUGUGCAAUGAUUAACACGUGGUCUCUGCACUGCAGGAGCAUGGAUUAUUUUUAAAUAUAUAUCUGUGUGGCCAUGUUCUACUUCAUAGCAUUAAUUUUGUAAGUGCUUACUGUAUUAUUAGGAUUCAGUAGCUAAUUAGAAUUCAUUCUCUUACAUAAUGGAGUGAAGUGAAAGCACAUUAACAGAAACCCAUCCUUACUGGAAUAGUUCACGAAAUGCAGCUUGUUUCAUAAUGUGUCCCUGGAAUAGUUUUCUGGAGCAUAAACAGGAAUAAUUGAAUCAAUUUACAGACCCUGAAAGAAGGCAAAGGUCAAUGGAAGCAGCAGUCUUCGGAUGAUCGUUGUUAAAUAUUCAGUGCCGUAUAAUGCAAGCACCGACCGAGUUUUAAAACUUCAAAGUUUAUUCAGAGUAAGUCUCUCUCUCUUUUAAUUUGUUUAUUUAAGUGUAUUCUUAAAUAGAAUUUCACAACCAUCUUCCGCUGAGCAGAUUCUAUAUUGCCUAGCUAGCAGUAUAUUGUAUGUGUUGGGCUGCAUUACCAACUGUAGUGUUCAGAAAGAACCGAGAGAGGAAAAAGAAUAAUUCAGUUUAGCAUUAGGAUGUUUCCUAAAUUAAAUCUAGGAUCUUGAAAUUCAUGCAGCUUUCUUAAAACAGGAGAUUUCAAAGUGAUGCUGAAAGGCUAAGAAUUGCGUGCUGUUGGCCAUCCAUUAGCUGAGCUGUAUGUACGUUCUAGAAUGCUCACAGAUAUUCUAACUGCUCUGGCAAACUCAGCAAUUAGUUUAUUGCCUGUUUAGCUACAGAAAGGGAAGUGAAAUGUUAGUUUGAGUCUUAACACAUCUUCACAUAGGGCUUAAGGACAAGAGAAGCUAUCAGCAGGGAGGUGGAAAAGAAGAAAUGGGGAUGUCAGGCAGUUGGGAAAUGCAGGGAAGAAGGAUGAGAAGAAGGCUGAGGUGUAGAGGGAGCUUGAAAUAAUAGGCAUUGGGCUGAGGGAAAACUAUGAAAAGAGUGAAGAAAAGGAAGAAAUAAAAAUAGGUCUUCUGGUAUUAUGUCCAUAUACUGUAAACCACUUGCUGAAUUGGCGGCUUUCUAGAGAAGAAAUAUCCCACCUCUGUCAUAGACAAAGGCACCGUAGGGUAGAAUGGAGAGGCCCUUAAUCUGGUAUUGUUCUCAGGACGGCUGUACUCUGAAAAAAUCCAUUCAGGUAAUAUGAAUGAAUUUCACUGGGGAUUGGUUACAAAUUCUGGUGCAAGACUUAUUAUCUGUUUGUUUUACUAUUAGUGUAGCCAAAAGCAACAUUGAAAAGGUAUCUUUAAUGCUAAACAGCCGUUCUGCCUCAGCUGAGAUGUAAUGAGGAUUUGCCAUGCCAUUAUCUUUUUUUCUUUCCAGUUCUUUUUUUUUUUUAAUUGCUUGAUUUAUGCUUCUAACGCUCCUGAAUGUCAUGUGGGAAACCCAUUUUUUAUUACUUUAGAUGUAUUUUAAGAUCUAACUGGAAGCUUUUAAAAAUGCAUUUGCAGGAAGAGGAAAUGCAGCAGAAACCUCCGGAUGAGAUUUCCUGUGUAAUACUGAGUAACAAUGACACUGGCGCCUGUGGGAUAUGGGCAACAUGGCAACAUCUUACGUGGGUGAGAGAGAGAUGAAGGGAUCAUGUGGCCCAAUUUUUCCAAAAUACAGAUUUUGUGCCUCAUUCUGGCAGUGUUGGCGAUUCUGGCUUUACUACACAACUUUUACGAAUUAGAGGUGAGUGACUCACCUCCCUCCGGGGCAGGGCAAGUAAGUUGGGCAGCAUUCUUCCUGUUCACCAGAACUUUCCCCAUGCCAGAUUAUAUACAUGUGACUGCACCAUAUUUGCUUCUUAGGUACAUCGUGAAAAGGGCAUACCAAUAAAAUAGCAUGGAAGGGUGGGGAUAGGGUGGGAGGAAUGUGUAUGACAGGAAUGUGGCCCUCAGCGGGGGGGGAGGGGGUUUCCUCAGCCCUGUGUUAAAAGAUGGAAGAAGGAUUUAGACCUAUAUCCAAAAAAACCUGGAAUGUGUUCAUUUAGGAAUGUGCUCUUUCAUACCUUAAUUUGUACACCUGUCUGUAGUAGAGCGCUAUCCUUUAAACUCUCGUACAUAGGCAGCAGCACAAACUGACUUGCAUGUGCAACAUAUCACUGGGAAAUGCAUGGCAAAGUGCGGUAGUAUUUAUUGUUGCUGGGAUUGCCCCAGGCAUCGGUGAUUUUCAAAUAUAAUAUUAGUCCACUUCUUAAAAAAAAUACAUUGAUCCAGCUUUAUCACCAGAGGCUCUGGUGGCCUCAGUGGCUUGGAGUUCCAGCUGUUUCGCCAGCCACAGCCAUUCCUGGACAGUGAUUGAUAGAUAGCCAUGUAAUCUGUGUGCUAGUCACCUUCCAUGGGAAAUUUGCUUGGAGAUGGUUCUGAAGCUGCAGCUUAUGUGAAAUACAGCUGUCAGGGUCUUCACUGAUUUAACCAGGUGAAAUCCUAUUACAGUAUGUUGAUUCUGAAGGGUUUGCACUGGUUGCUUAUAUGCCACUUUGUCAGUUCAAUAUCUUGCCCUUAACUUUAAAAGCCCUAAAUGAGUUGGGGCCUUCUUGUCUGAAGGAGGGCUCCUCCUGAUUUUGUUUUUUUUAAAAAGACUUACAAAUAGUUAAAACAAGCAUCUCAUGCAGAGUUUUAUUAUCAUUAAAAAACCAUCCAGCUGAGCUCCCAGUAUUGCUUCCAUUUGAAAAUUCUACUGUAUUAGAGCCCCAUCUUGGGCAGAACUUUCUACACUAUUUUUUAUUUAUUAAAAUAUUUAUUAACUCCUCUGUGUUGGUUAGUAUACAAUAAUAAAUGAAUUCUUGAACACCCAAAGCCACAAAAACAUAAGGGAAGUAUCCCUAAAUUUUACUUAGAGUAAACCUACUGAAUUUUAAUGAACCUAAGCAAUUCACAUACAUUAAUUGCAAUAUGUCUUCUUUAUGUAGGACUAACACUGAAUACAACCCAUAAUAACCAUGUUCAGCAUAAAAUCUUCAAAUAAUGCCAACAAACAGGUCAGAUACUGAACUACCCUCAACAUGCCCAAAUGCCUAAGUAAAAAGCCAGGUUUUAAAUUGACACCAUACUAUAGCCAACAUGGUUGCCUGCCAGGCACCUAUGAAAGGCAGGACAUUCCAGGGCAUCACAACAGAACACUUUCUCAUGCACAUCUGCAUCAUGCAACCCUAUGUAUUCUUGCAGUUUAAUGGGAACUCUGCAUUCAGAAGGUCCCAAAUUCAGUCCACAGCAGCUCCAGGUACGGCUGGGAAAUAACUCCUGAUCUGAAAUACUCCAGCCCUGCUGUCAGUCACCGUACACCAUGCUGAGCUUGACAGCUCAAGGGUCUGACUCUCUGUAUGAGGAAGCUUGUUACAUUUUGCUGUUCUGGGGAUCUUUAUUAUCAUGCUUUUCGUUGGCUGCAAACCGCUUGUGUAGCCCAUAAGUGGUAUAUAAACGCUGUUAGAAAGAACACUUCACAUCUCUUUAUUUGUGCUGUGAAUAGGCUUGCUUCUAAUAGCUUCCUUCUUUUGCAGAAUCUGAACGAAGCAGGUUUAAAGUGGUUGGUAGAAGAUGAUGACCAACAGCCAUCGUUACAGAUGACUAAAAUACCCAGGAAGCUUUACUGUGGAUAUGAGCGCCAAGUCUUGUCCAAGAGAGAACAAGGGGAAGAGGAGUCCUUAUUUGCUGCUAUACAGUGGCCCAAACCUCUGGAGGACAAAACCCCAUUUGUGAGGAGCACUGACCCCUCCCAUAGCAACUUUGUGAUACUGAACACCCGUACACAUUUCAAGGUUGGUGAUCAGCUGGAGGUGCUGGUCCACAUGAAAGACUAUGAAGGCAAACCAAAGCAUUAUGGUGGGGACUACCUUCAGACAAGAAUCCACUCUGCUCACCUGAAGGCUGGAGCCACAGGAAGAGUUGUAGAUUACCAGAAUGGAUCUUACAGAGUUUUUUUCACUUUACUCUGGCCAGGGGAGGUCACAGUAUCUGUGGCACUGGUCCACCCUAGCGAAGGGAUCCAAGUACUUCAACGUUUACGAGAAGAGAGACCAGACAGGGUCUAUUUUAAAAGCCUAUUCAAAUCAGGGAGAAUUUCAGAAACGACUGUGUGCAAUGUCUGUUUGCCAGGAGAUAUGCCGGUGUGUAACUUUACGGAUCUUUACACCGGUGAGCCAUGGUUUUGCUACAAGCCAAGAAAGCUCUCUUGCGCCACGAGGAUCAGCCAUUACAAAGGGGGGUAUCAAAAGGGCCUUCUGACCUCAGAAGAGAGUCGCCUUUUCCAAAGGUACAUGCUCUCUCAUACCCCACUGUUGCUUCUGUUUGGGACUGUUUUAUCUUGGUUCUCUGAUAUUUUCAUUUCAUUUUAAAUUACUUGUAUUGUUGAGGAAAGGUCCAUAGUUUUCCGCGUCGGACGUUUGGGUUCCGGGUUUUUGGUAUUCAGGAGCUGAAACAUUAAAAAACGGAGCCAUGGCCGUAUAUGUUCUGGCCAUAACCCCUAGUAAUAUAUACAUUUUGCAGAGAAGAGUUACCAUUGGUAUAUUAAUGGCACAGUUAAGCCUUCUUUCGACUGUGGAUGUGCAUCUCUAUGUAGGGAUUUCCUACAUAUGUCGACUGCGAUAAUUUAAUGUGCCAGAACUUGUUUUUUAAAAAGCCAAGUUGGGAUCAGGUCCACAACAAGCAGGGAGAGGAAUUAUACCUGUUUCAUCCUCUUGCUGCAAUCCUCCCUUUUGCAUCAGGAGGGAAGAUUCCAUUUAUACCAGUUGGAGCUUCCCUCCAAGUGUAAAUAGCAGCUUUUAAAAACCUGGGUGGGGGAUUUUUUGUCAAGACCACAGCAAGAUGGGAAAUGGUUAAACUCUCCCUCCUAGCCUUCCAUGACCCCAAUCCUGAAUGCCUCCCUUUUUUUGUUUUGUUUUUAAAAAGCAGUCACAUUAAAUUCAAUAACACAUUUCACUAACCUGUAAUUCACCACCUGUGUUCCUCAAAGAGUAAUAAGCUGAGGUUUGAGGAAUAGGGAAAGGGACUGGAGAGGGGGGAGGGAUCCCUGUAUUCUGCUUUGUAGUCCACAUACACCCACCCACUUGCAAAUAAGAGACUUCUGGGGACACUGUGUGCCUGAACUAAUAAUAGCUGGGGAAUCUACAUUGACAUGCAGAGCUAAAAUCAAAAGAGGAGUGUUAUAACUAUGACAGUGAUGUACCAGUUUGGCCUUGGGUAUUUGACCUUAGGCAAAUGUGACUUUUUAUCACUGAAUUUUGUUUUGUUUUGUUUUUGUUUAUUUAGUGAUGUGAAUAUCAAAGUGCCAAUAUCCUCCAGUGGCCCUGAUACUGUACUCGUAAGGCCCUUAAGGCAUGCAGGUAAAGUUAAACAUUUGAAAGACUUUGUUUCAAACCACAAAAAGCCUUAAUUUAUUUUACACCACAAAAGUCUUUUGCACAUGUUAGAUUUAAUCAGAGGAAACUGCGAAUGCAUCCGGCAAGUGACAGUUUGAUUCAGUGUGGCAAUGUAUUGCUGAUCAGAAGCUGUGGGAGAAUUUUUAUUAGUGGCAGUAACAUAUCACUUUAAAGUGAAAAGUGCUUCAUGUACAUUAUCUUGGUAAUUCUUCCAACAAUCCUGUACUGUAGGUCCGUAUUGUUACCCUUACACUGCUGAUGAGGAGGCUGAGUGAAUCAUGACUUUGUGGCUGAAAUGAGUUUUGAACCAAGGACUGCCAAGCAUACAUUAUUGACAACAUUGUUAAACGAAAGCACUCAGUGCCUGCCAAAUUAAAUUAGAUAAACACCAACUCAGCCAGUCAUAUGGAUUUGCUCAGACGUCAUGUAAAGUUCCCGUGCUUUUGUGGUGCACCUAUGUAUUUUUUUUGUAAAAAGUCACGAAAUGGUACCGGUCAUGAGGAAAGCAUGUAGCUCCUCACAAAUGAUCUCCAUGGGUAUGAGCCAGUACAGUGGUACCUCGGUUUAAGAACAGUCCGGUUUAAGAACGAUUCGGUUUACAAACUCUACAAAACCGGAAAUAGUGUCCCGAUUUGAGAACUUUACCUCAGUCUAAGAACGGAAUCCAAAUGGUGGAAGGGCACCGGUGGCGGGAGGCCUCAUUAGGGAAAGCGCGCCUUGGUUUAAGAACAGUUUAGGUUUAAGAACAGACUUCCAGAAUGGAUUAAGUUUGUGAACCAAGGUACCACUGUAGUUGCCUUUUCACUCCCCACAACCAUGAUUUGCAUUGGGCAUGCAGGUGGAAAGGAAUACUGAAUUAUCCUAGCAACAAAAUAUCGAUCACAAUCAAACAGAAAAGUGAGUGUUGUGUGUUUUAAGUUUCCAUUCGACUGUGGCCAUUGAUUGCUGAGGAAAUGCAAUCUACCUACAACAAAAAUACUUCCUUGAAGAAAGAUAUCUAGAGUCUCCAUGAUAGGCAAGUAAUAACAGCUUAUUCUCUCUCUUGCACACACACAUGCUUGGAAAAGCCUUGGGUCUCUGAAAUUUUGUUGGGGGAUUCACCUGCAGAUAAAAGGAUUUGUCUACCAACGUGAAUGUCAUUGAUUGCUUUGCAAAAUAUGGAAACUUAGUACAGUGUGCUUAUUAAAUCUCAGUUAUUAAAUGUUUUCAAACUUAAUGAACUUAAUUACUAGCAUUUUAGCAGGCUUGAUGUUAUGCUCCUAUUUGAUUUACUCAUAUAAUUAUAACAAAUGAAUUUUCAUUUUUAACUAGUAAUUCAAAAUUCUCUUUCAGAGAUGGACAAUCUGGAAAGAUCGCAAAGCCCUGAUGUGUUUCCUUCUGGUUACUAUUAUGAAGAUGAAUGGCGAGCAAGAACACAGUGGAUUCGGCAUUUUAACAAGUCAUCAGAUAUUACCGAAUGUUUACAAGGGAAACUUAUCCACUUGUUUGGAGACUCUACAAUCAGGCAGUGGUUUGAAUAUCUGACAACAUUUGUUCCAGGUCACUAUUUUUGCCUUGCCUUUGCAGGUGUUUCAGAUAUAUAUACAGAAAUAUGGGAAAACGUUAAUGCUUAUACUCUUGAUGUAGAGAUUGUGGGAUUUCGGUCAUCACUUUGUAACUGAUUUUAAUUUCGCUGAUUGUGUUUCUGGGAUUUGGAAGAGCUAGAACUGCAAAGUUUUGGCGUUUACUUUAAAUCUCUCUAAUUCUGCGUCACCCUAAGAGUUGGUUAAGAAUGGCCUUUUCAUGUGCUUCAGGAUUACCCUUUCAAGCCUCACCUCUUCCUCACCAAAAUGGUUCUUUUAAGGAAAUAAAGUGCCCUUCUCUUUCUCACUGCAUAUGUUAAUAGUGAUGGGAGAGCUAUCGCUAAAGAAAAGAAAAAAAUAGGAGAAGCAGUAAUAGUAGGAUGGACAUGUGCAAAUACACACAUUUAGACUUGCACUGGUAGUGAGGAAUCCAGGAUUGAGCCAAAUGCCUUAUAGAAGAGAUGGAUUUUUGAGCAGUGAUGGAAAAGAAUAGAGUUCUGCAACAUUACCGGAUGAUCUAAUAGGGAAUAUGCGUGUCUCUUUGUGUGUGAUUUGCAAAGGAGAAGUUGAGAGGUGAUGCAAGGGCAUGGAAAGCUUUCUGAAGGAGUCGUUUGUUAAGGAUGUAGACAGCGAUGGGAUAACAGCGUUGGAUUUGGAAGAAGGGGAAUUGGAUGACCUGAGCAGGGCAACUCUACCAUUAGGCAAAGUCAGGCACCUGCCACAGGCAGCAGUUGCUGGGGUAGUUGUCGGCUAUUUCUCCUGAGCCCCCAGUUGCUCCCCUCUGAGAGAACAGAACUCUGUAAGCCUCUCUUGGGCCCCUAAAGUAAGCUGCUGCUUCAGGUAGAAUGGAGGAUGCAAUCCUGUUGCCAGUUUUGAAGUAAGAUUCACUUGCCAGUCCAAUCAGUUUUUUUAUAUAUUGACCGGGUGGCGAGUGCUUGCAUGUGCCAUUUUGUCCUUUUCCUCAGGCAGCAAAACGUUGUGCUCCAGCUCUGGGUUCGAUUGACAAGAAAAGAAGUCAAAUUAUCUUGGUUGCAGAGCUGUAGACAGAGAUAGGAUAGCUCAGGAGUAGCGCAGGAAAGGCAGGAGGAAAGAGGUGGUAACAAAGGUGGGGGAUGAACAGUAAGUGAUUUUGUGUUGUAGCGAAAGGAAGGGGUAGAUGUUUAGAAACAGUGUAUAGCAAGAAAAGGUAAUGAUUUGGUGGCAGAUUAAAUAAGGGGAACAAAAGAGAGGCACCAACCCUGAGUAUAGGGCCAAAUAAGGGAUACCUGUUUAGAUGGUUCAAUUAAUGUAACAAACUUUCCCUUCUGCAAUGAAGACGUUUCUAAUUGAGUAUAUUUGUCAAACACUGUUUUAAGAUAUGGGCCCAGUUCAUUACUGCAGGCUUCAUGAAGCUGGGAGCGAGUCAGGCUGAACACUGCUCCAUGCGACCCUUUUCUCCUUCCUCACACCUUGCUUAUUUUCUUGGUUUUAUUAGCUGACAUUAGGGCAAUUCUGACUCAAUACAAGGCAUUAUCUUAUUGCCAAAGUGCACUGGGAUGGGUAAGAGGAGAAGCAUUUGACCCUGAUGCUUCUUCCUGGCUUCAUAUUGAUCCUCCAAGCUGUGCCAGUUGAAAUGGUUGGAAUUGAUACUCAUGAAAACUCUUGUGUGUUUGCUUUUCCCCCCUGUCCUUUGUGAAUGUUAUACAGAGGACCCUAACAAUUACAGUGGUACCUUGGGUUAAGUAUUUAAUUCGUUCUGGAGGUCUGUUCUUAACCUGAAACUGUUCUUAACCUGAAGCACCACUUUAGCUAAUGGGGCCUCCUGCUGCCGCUGCGCCACCGGAGCACGAUUUCUGUUCUCAUCAUGAAGCAAAGUUCUUAACCCGAGGUAAUAUUUCUGGGUUAGUGGAGACUGUAACCUGAAGCAUAUGUAACCCGAGGUACCACUGUAUUGUUUUCCUUUGCAGAGAGUUGCAACAGGCAGUCACUCAGUAAUUCUUUUUUGUUUGCUUGCUUGUUUGUUUCAGAUCUCGUGGAAUUAAACCUUGGCAGCCCUAAAAAUGUUGGGCCCUUCAUGGCUGUGGACUCGGUGCAUAACAUCCUACUAAACUUCCGCUGCCACGGGCCCCCUAUUCGCUUCUCCACCGUGUUUAGCAGUGAGCUGCAUUACAUUGCCAACGAACUGAAUCGCAUUGUAGGCGGGAGGAACACUGUGAUAGCCAUAACUAUUUGGUCUCACUUCAGCACUUUCCCUGUAGAAGUGUACAUCAGGAGACUGAGGAACAUUCGCAAGUCCAUCGUACGGCUUCUGGAUCGGAGUCCCAAGACACGGAUAGUCAUCAAAACCGCCAACGUUCAGGAGCUCGGGCCAGAGGUUAGCCUUUUCAACAGCGACUGGUAUUCGUAUCAGCUUGACACAAUCAUGAGGAAGAUGUUCUCAGGAAUUGGAGUGCACUUUGUGGAUGCUUGGGAGAUGUCACUGGCACACCAUUUGCCACACAAAUUGCACCCAGAAGAUGUUAUUGUCAAAAACCAGUUAGAUGCUUUCUUGUCUUUUGUGUGUCCGGUGGAAACGCACUACAGCCUCGUAAAAGGAAUCCAUAAUCAAUUGUGGUCUCUGUUUCUGUAG